GGCCGCUACCAUUUCCCGUGAUUCCAGGCCCGGCAGGCAGCUCGCCGGGACGCGCUAUGGGAGCCGGGCGCUGCUUCUUCCUCCUCCUCCUGCUGCUGCUGGGGGUUGAAUCAUCAGCAAUAUCUGAGAGUAGAGCAGAACCAAGCAGCCACAGCUGUGGUGAUGGAGAAUAUCUGCAUCAAGGCUACUGCUGUAAAUACUGUCCUGCUGGCACUUAUGUUAGUAAACACUGCAAGGUUCCACAUACUGAAGGAAUUUGUUACCCUUGCACAGAUGGAGAGGAUUAUACUGCUUAUGCAAAUGGCCUAGACGAAUGCAUACGAUGUAAACUGUGCAAAGAAGAUCAAGUAACAGUGAGCACCUGCACUUCGAUGAGCAAUACUGAAUGUCAGUGCAAGCCAGGCUAUUUCUGUCCUACUCUAGGCUGUGAGAUGUGUUACAGAUGCAAGUCAAAGUGCCCAGAAGGGAAAGAAAUUGUACAAAAAUGCAAUGCUACAGCUGACCUGGAGUGUGGCCAUCCUCUCAUAGGGACUGCAACUACUGCAGGUUGGAUUGCUGGGGUCAUCGUUGUGUUCAUUGCUUUUGUGGCUGGGUGCCUUUUAUUUAAGAAAAGGAUAUCAUAUAAUAAAACAAAUAAAGAAAAUAAAGAUGCAGAAAAAGAUGUGGAGUCUGAGGAUAGCACUGAAAUUUUCUUUGCACCUGAAAUGGAGAAUGCUAACACUAGUGCACCCAUUUUAGAGAUCCAAAACUCUGUUCAGAGUCCACUAGUUUUAGCAGUUAAUAGUCCUGAUUCUGCACUGAGAAAUGAAUUGCCUGAGGAUACCAGUGUUGUAUUUUCUGAGAGAAGUGGCCUACUACUAAAUGGUGAAAACAACUCAUGGGAAGAGUCUUACCACAGGGCUGCAGGAUAUUCAGCACCAGUAAAGCCUCCAGACAAGCCCAAUUUUGUCUCUUACCCUGGACAGUCAAAUGGUGGGAUGUCCGUAUCUCAGAUGGUCAGGGAUUCUGAAGCCAGGCCUCAUAUAAUAGUGAAAGAGCUUUCUCAAGAAGCAUUAAUUGAAAGUUUUUAUUAUUUUAUAAAAGAAGUGCCACCACGCGACUGGAACACGUUUAUGAGAACUCAUCUAACAGAUAAUGAAAUUGCUAAAACAACGUUUGAACAUCCAAAAAAUAUUGAAGAGCAAUAUUAUCAGAUGCUAAUCAUUUGGAGAAACAAAUUUGGAAACGAGGCUUCCGUUAUUAAAUUAUUAGAUAGCCUAUGGAAUAUAGGACUGAGAAGGUCUCAUGAAAACAUAGUAAACCAUUUAAUAAGUAAGGAUAUUAUAACUAUACUAGAGGCCAAAAACUAAUGAGUAUACUAUUAUCAACAAAAAAAACCAAAACCAAAACAAUCUGUAAACUCUAUAGCUAAAUAAAUGGAGAUGUGCCUAUCUCACAGAGCUGGAAGGGACCCUGAAUGAUCAUCAAGUCCAGCCCCCUGCCUUCGCUAGCAGGACCAAGUACUGAUUUUGCCUCAGAUCCCUAAGUGAACUCCCAACCCUGGGUUUAGCAGGCCAAUGCUCAAAUCACUGAGCUAUCCCCCCCACCCCCCAUGUUUCUAUACACAACUUUACUUUAGUGCAUGGUGCCAAUUUUUUUUAUUGUUGAUUUAAGAAAACUUGAAAAUAUCAGCAUAAAAACUACUGGUAAAACAAAUAGAGAAAUGAGUUCAGAUAUCUUCACUGCAACUCAUGUCAUCUAGAAUAGCCGAGUCUCAAAUGUCUCUUGCAGGCUCUACUUGUCAUUAGUUAAACGUGACAAGGAUUCAAGUAGCUGUUCACUGAGAAUGUGUCCUGAGCUGUAAGACAUUAAAUAAAGUUGGGUACCCUUUUCAUGUUCAGUUGAGGAAAGAAUAUAAGUGUACGUUAAACUAUAUAAUAAACUUUGAACUCUGUUAUGUCUUGGGAAAUGAGAAGUGUAAGGGAACCUCACAGUAACUGGAUGGAGUGAUAUUUGUUGGUGUUGAAGGUUUUGAAGCAUAUUGGUAUUUUGUUAUCUGCACUGAUAAACAGGACCAAACAGAAUCUUAAGUUGUUUUUUUUAUAUGCAGUGAAGAAUGUACUUAUGAGAACACUGUAAUGUGAAGAGAUUCACAGAGUUUUAGGCCAGAAGUGAACAUUAAACCACCUAGUCUGAUCUCCUGUAUAACUCGGGUAAUUAAAUUUCACCCAGUUACCUUUGUAUUGAGCCCAUUAACUUGUGUUUGGCUAAAGCGUAUCUUCAAAAAACAAUCCAGUCUUGAAAUGAAGACAGCAGGAGAUGAAGAAUUCACCAUAUCCCUUGAUAAUUUGUUCCAAAGGCUAAUUGCGCUCACUGUUAGGAAUUUAUGCCUUAUUUCUAAUUUGAAUUUAUCUAGCUUUAGCUUCUAGACAUGAUUCAUCUAGUAGAGAAAGGCAAAAUAAGAAAGUACUUGGUAUUUUCUCCGCGUGAAGGUACUUGGAUACUGGAAUCAAGUAUCUCAUCUUUUUGAUAAGAAAGAGCUCUUCAAGUCUUCCACUGUAAAGCAUUUUCUCUAGCCCUUGAAUAUUUUUUGUGGCUCUUUUCUGUAACUUUUCCUAUUUUUCAACAUCCUUUUUAAAGUGUGCACAUGAGAACUACAUGCAGUAUUUUGCAGUCUCACCGGUGCUGUAUACAGAGGUAAAAUCACCUCUCUGCUCUACUCCCUAUCCUGUUUAUGCUUCCAAAGUUUACAGUGGUCCUUUGCCACAGCAUCACACAGGGAGAUUAUGUUCAGUUGUUUCUUUACUGUGGCCCUUAAAUCCUUUUCAUAGUAACUGAUUUCCAGGAGACCGUUCCCCAUUCUGUAGAUAUUGUCUGCAUUCCUUGUUCCUAGAUGUAGAAAUUUGGAUUUGCAAAGUGCAUUUUGUUAUAAUGGGCUCAGCUAACCAAUAAACAGUAAAAGCAAUAAAUACAUACAACAGUCUAUAAAUGUUUUUUAACAGUACAUUUAAAUGCUGUAUUUUUAUUGUCCAAUCUAAAUCUUAAAAUUAUGCAAAUAUAAUUUCUACUUCAAACCUGUUUAUGUACUUUAUAAUAUUUUGCUAUUAAAAGAU